AUUGAAAACGGUGACAUCAAAGCUGUAUUAUAAAAUCAAACACACAAUGACCAGGGCCAACAUUGAACUAGGCGAUGUCACCCAUCACAAUCUGAAACAGCUGAAGAAAAUAAACACGGUCGUACUGCCGGUGCUGUACAACGACAAGUUCUAUCUGGAUGUGCUGGAAUCGGGAGAGCUAGCGAAGCUGGCCUACUACAAUGAUGUGGUUGUUGGGGCCGUCUGUUCCCGGAUCGACACCUCGGACAACAUGCGAAGGUUGUACAUUAUGACGCUGGGAUGCUUGUAUCCUUACCGACGGCUUGGCAUCGGAACUGUGAUGGUCAAACAUAUCCUAAACUAUGUGGAAAAUGAUGGCAACUUCGACAGCAUAUUCCUGCAUGUGAAGGUCGAUAACGAGGGCGCAAUCGAGUUCUACAAAAAGUUCGGCUUCGAAAUUGUCGAAACCAAGCAGCACUAUUACAAACGCAUCGAACCGGCCGAUGCUCACGUGCUGCAGAAGACUCUGACCAGACGCGGCAACCCAGGACAACAGCAGCAGCAGCAACAGCAUCAUCAGAACGGAACCGCCGGAGGAAAUAACGUAAACCAGAGCAGUCAGAGCAUUCAAAAUUCAACCUCCCAACUACAGCAAGCCCCGGAGAAGAACCGAUAAAUGGCACUGGCUGGCUGAGAGGCUCGGUGGCCAUCCGCUGCUGAAGGUGGCGAACACAAAAAAAUCGACGGUAGGAGUUUAUUCGAUUUGUUAUUUAUUACGUACCGGUUGUAUUACUACGUUCCGGGAAUACUUUUCAAAGUUUCAGAUGUCGCACCAAAUUUCAGUUUCC